AUGUCUUUAGAGAAAAUUAUUGAAAGCUUGAUGUUGAGGGAACAAACUCUGGAAACUAGACCAACCAAAGAAGGAAUAGAUGUAAGACAAGAGCUAUUGAAGUUCCAUUCUACUUAUUAUUCAUCAAAUUUAAUGGCUAUCUGUGUCUUAGGAAGAGAAUCCUUGGAUGAGCUAACUUGCUUAGUGGUAAAGUUAUUUUCAGAAGUAGAGAAUAAAAAUGUCCCUAUACCAGAGUUUCCUGAACAACUUUUCCAAGAAGAACAUCUCCGGCAACUUUACAAAGUGGUACCCAUUAAGGACAUUAGAAAUCUUUACGUCACAUUUCCUAUACCAGACCUUCAGAAGUACUAUAAAUCAAACCCUGGCCAUUACCUUGGUCAUCUGAUUGAGCAUGAGGGCCCAGGGAGUCUUUUAUCAGAGCUUAAAGCCAAAGGAUGGGUAAAUACUCUUGUUGGAGGACAGGAGGAAGGUGCUAGAGGUUUCAUGUUUUUCAUCAUUAAUGUGGACUUGACAGAGGAAGGACUUUUGCAUGUUGAAGAUAUUAUUUUGCAUAUGUUUCAGUAUAUUCAGAAACUACGUACAGAAGGACCUCAAGAAUGGGUUUUCCAAGCGUGCAAGGAUCUAAAUGCUGUGGCAUUCAGAUUUAAAGAUAAAAAACGACCACGAGGUUAUACAUCAAAGCUUGGAGGAAUGUUGCAUGCUGUUGUUGUCUUCUCCUGUCCCAGCUCAUACUGCAGAGAACCUCAAGGAGACUGUGAUGUUUUCCCUUCAGGCACGGAGCAGCCCUGGGCAGAGCAAAGAAGCCACCUUCUUCAUGGCUACCCAACAACCCCGUUAAACAUGCCCAGCUGUCAAGCACUUAUUCAGCAGACCCUGGAUGAAUAA